GACUGGGGACAUGAAGUGACAGUUCACAUCAAUCAGAGACUCACACAGGGUUCACAGUCAACAGGAAGAGAGAGCACACAGAGAGAGUUGAAAACAAUGUGCUAAGAAGGUUGUAACAGACCCCGGUGUUGUGGUUGAUUCAUCGAGGCAGUGGAGGCAGGAUGUGGGUCCUAAUCUGGGCAGCUCUACUCUUCUCCCUGGCAGAGAGAGCAACAUGUCAAAAUGAGGCCCCUCCAGCAGCAGCUCUAUCAGCUGCAAACACGAACAGCAUCAUCUUCAGUCCAAAGAAAAUAACAGCACAGACUGGCCUAUGUGCUGUUAUUUCAUGUACUUUCACUCACCCUGAUAGCGUCAAGCUUAACGCGGCAGUAUGGUACAAAUUCCCUGAUAAACAUAUCAUUUUCCAUUCCAAAGAUCCCUCUAAAGCUCAGGAGGGUUAUAACCAUAGAGUGUCUCUACUGGAGACAGACCUGACAAAGGGGAACUGUAGUGUGAUCAUCAACGACAUCAGAGAAAAUGACACUGGAGAGUAUCAAUUAAAAAUCACAGGAGGAGCAGUUAGAUACCAACAGAACAUGAUCAUCACAGUGACAGCUCUGACCCAGAAGCCCUCAGUGUUGACUCCUUCUCUGACAGAGGGAGAACCAGCUACUCUGACCUGCACCGCCCCAGGGACCUGCUCUGGAACCCCUCCUCACAUCACAUGGACAUGGAGAGGGACAGGAGACAACAUCACUGAGCUCCGAGAAAACACCACCAUACAGAAGAGAGAGGAUCUGACCAGCGUCACAACAACCCACUUCUCAAUUCUGACCUUUACCCCCUCAGCUAAGCAUCACGGCACCAAGGUCACGUGUCUGGUGACCUUCAAUGGCGGCGUCUCCACCAAGAAGACACUGAAAUUGAAUGUGACACAGGAAGUAUCUAAAGACAUCUUGGCUUUGCUGUCGGACCCACCACUGAUUACUGCAUUUGUGAUUGGUGCAGCCCUCUCAGCCACCAUCAGUUGUAUCUUCCUGUGUUUGACAGGGAAAUGUAAAAAACGCAAAGAGAGGACCCCAAAGGACUUAGACUCCAAAAGCCCUUUAACAAACCUGGAAAUGGUGGCAUGUGAAGACCAACAGAGAGAUGCAGGACAGGCAGUGAUGGGCGAACUGACACAUCUGCAGGUGGAGCUGAGGGAGGGAACUGAAAAUGGAGGGCUCCAGACCAGUGGAGCUGCGGGACACUCUGCCCCAGGGGAAGAACCAAAAGAGGUGCACUACGCCAGUAUCAACUACUCCCUACUGAAGAAGAAGACUCCUGAGGAGGCAGAAAAGAAGACCACUACCACAGAGUCAGAGUACGCCAAAAUCAAACGAGAGAAGAAGAAUGUGGGGGGAAAAGAUGGUGGAGAGGGGAGUGGUGUGAUGGAAGAGGUGGAAGGGGAGAAGGGGGAGGAGAUGAUAGGGAAGGACGUGGAGAAAGAGAAUGGUAAGCCAGUACGAGAGACAGAUGAAGAUAUAGCGCUUUACUCCAACGUCAAGGCUAUUAUUGGUGGAGAGUGACACAGCAAUUUUGUCUAGAAACGUGGGAGAUAGCACACAGUACUAUGGCUUCUAUUAUACAGCACUGCUGUGUUCUCAUAUUCCAGACUGAAUGUUUUAUGAUGAUACAGAGACUUUGUUUAACUGAAACUACUGUAGGUAAUAGUUUUGGUACUUCUUUAUUUUUCAGCCCUGUGUCAGCCGAAACAAGUAUUUGUGGGGGAGGGUUAUACAUUUUUUUUAAGGAAGUUAAGGUAAUGCUACUUUUGUAAUGAUUCUGUUUUGUGUCACCAUGGGGAAGGACUGAUAAAGACAUGGUUUGGAGAAGUAGAGGUCAAACCUUUUCUCGUUUUUCUCCUCUGUCCUUUCAUGUUUUGGCAUUUUGAUUUAACCCUAAACCUAUAUAUUGAGGCGCUACCUUAAUUUUGAUGGUUGUGUGUAUUUAUAAAUGUAUGAGGAAAAGGAAGGAACCCACACACUGCUCUUGAUAGUACCACUGAUCUUUAAUAAGCUUUUGUGAGUUUUUUAAAAUAGCACCCUUAUGUAGACCUAGCCCCACCCACAUCCGUUCCACGCAUCGAAUGGGGUUGGAGGCGAAGGAAAAACAAAUCAGUGCUACCAAAUAUAACAAUAUGCAUUUCAUAUUCAUACAUAAAACGUAUUAAACACGUCUGUAAAACCACAAUGAGGACAUCAACCUACCAAGCAAGUUUUCAUAAAUCAUUGGGUAAGAAAAACGUCAGAGUAAUCUGAAAUAGGGGCAUACUUCAUUUUCAAAUUUACAACAUAAAAUACAUAGGCAUUUCAUCAUUAAGACCUUAAGGAAAUAAUUUCUGGAGGGUGAAAAUCCCAAAACAUUCUCUUUUGCUCAGAGUAUUAUUUAUCUCACCUCCCCUGUCUGAUAUCUUAACCUUCUCUAUGCCACACAAUCUAAAGGUAGAAAUGUCAUGUUUUAGGUCAUUAAAAUGUACUCCGACUGUCGUUUCCCCUAAUUUAAUUUGUAUGUUCACUGAUUCUCUGUUUGAGAGAACGAGAGGGUUUUACCUACAUAGCACAGCCCACAUGGACAUUUAAUAAUGUAGAUAACAUGAGUGGUGGCAACACAAUCUCACAUUCAAUUCGUGCAUUUGUGUACAUAAUGCAUUUCAGCACAUUUCCUGCGUUUUUGUGUUGCUUAAUUCGUUCGAAAAGACACAAAUUUAACCAGUAGGCUCCAAGCCUUUGCAACAACCAUAGACGCGACAGCCUAUAUUUCAUUGUUGUUCUUCUUUUAUGGCUAAUUCGUCGUUAUGAAUUUACAGAAAUGUUGUCUUCAUUUAAUCCUGUUUUAAAAUGUGUAGUUGUAUGCCUAUAUGUACUGUUUUAGACUUGCUGAACAGAAUUUGUGAGAAAAUAAACACAUUUACGUGCGACUUAA